AUGUCGUCUCUCCCCUACACCUGCAAUACCUGCCUCGUUGCAUUCCGUAGCAGUGAUGCUCAGCGGGAUCACAUGCGGAAGGACUGGCAUUUGUAUAACAUGAAGCGUCGCAUCGCAUCCCUACCUCCAGUAUCCCAAGAAACCUUCAACGAAAAAGUGCUCGCCGCCAAAGCUACUUCCACCGCCGCUGCCGCCAAGGCGUCGUUUGAGAAAUCCUGUCUGGCCUGCCAGAAGACAUUUUUCAGCGAGAACUCGUAUCAGAAUCAUGUGAAGAGCUCGAAACACAAGGCGCGUGAGGUGCGGAUGGCCAAAGAUUUUGCGGAUGAUUCAUCGUCUGUGAUGAGCUCUACUUUCUCUCUGGGCGAGCCCAUCAACAAACCUCGAGACGAUUCCGAUGUGUCCAAGAUCGUCGACAAUCUCAAGACAUCCACAAUUGAGGAAGAAGACGAAGAAGAGGACGACGAAGAUACCGAGGUGGACUCGAACUACUCGCCGUCCCGUUGCUUGUUCUGCAACAACGAAGCUUCUGAUAUCCAAGAAAACGUGGAGCACAUGCGCAAGAACCACGGCAUGUUCAUCCCGGAGAAGAAUUACCUGGUCGAUUUGGAUGGGUUGAUUCACUACCUUUACCGCAAGAUCAACGAGAACAGCGAAUGUCUCUACUGCCAUGCCAUUCGUAACAACCCCGCCGGAAUCCAGACCCACAUGCGGGACAAGGGUCAUUGCAUGAUCGCCUUCGAGACGGAAGAGGAACAGAUUGAGAUUGGCCAGUACUAUGACUUCCGCAGUACAUACUCAGACGAUGAGGCCGACUCCACCAGCGAGGCGGUUGAAGAGGGCGGUGUCAAGGUCUCGAGCUCAGACGCCGACGAGGAGGGCUGGGAAACCGACGCCUCGUCCAUCGAUGGCGACGAAGACGAUGAAGAGCUCGACUCCCACCGCAAGGCCACCGUCGUCUACCAGACCGAAUACGAACUGCACCUCCCCUCCGGCAAGAGCGUCGGCCACCGCUCCCUCGCCAAAUACUACCGCCAGAACCUGCACAACUACCCCUCGAGCGAGGAGCGCAUCGCCCGCCAGCUCGCCAUCGAGAACGGCGAGAUCGAGGAGGAUCGUCCUCGCGGCCGCAAUGCCAACCGCGCACUUAUCACCCGUGCCAACGGUGGCCUGGGCAUGAUCGGUGCCUCGGAGGAGCAGAAGCGGGCCGCUGCCGAGUCAGAGCGCAAGGAGCGGACGCGGGCCAUCCGCCAGGAACUCCGGUUCAGGGACCGGAUCAACCGUGUGGGAAACAACCAGAAGCACUUCCGGGAUCCCCUCCUGCAAUGA